AAAUAAGUGUUCCAAAACUUCUCAUACUGCACUUUGGUUCUUGUCGAUGAACGAAGCACUAUAAAAUCCAAAUCAGUCUCACCAACUAAGAUAUUGAUUCAAGUUGAUGGAGCUAUCGAGCAAGCAUUUUAAAAUGUCUAGCUCUUUUCUCCUUGUUUACGUUGAAGUUAUAAUUCUUCUCUCACGCUUCAACUUGCAGGGGCUUAACUUACUUGGUUUAGCAGCCCAUGUAGUUAGUGGAAAUGACACAGAUCAACAAGCUUUAUUGGAGUUCAAAGCCAAGAUAACUGGUGAUCAACUCCGGGUUAUGCAAUCCUGGAAUAGUUCCGUGCACUUCUGCCAGUGGCCCGGUGUUACAUGCGGUCGCAGACAUCAGAGAGUCAUCAGGUUAGAACUACAAUACCUAAAACUUGUGGGUUCAAUAUCACCGUACAUAGGAAAUUUGAGCUUUCUCAGGGUAUUGAAUCUUGGAGACAACAGCUUCAACAAUGAAAUUCCCCAAGAAACUGGACGUUUAAGAAGAUUGGAAAUAUUGCAACUGUCCAAUAACUCCAUAAGUGGUGAAAUUCCUUCCAAUUUAUCUGGUUGUUCUAAGCUUAUAUUUUUUCAUGUGAGAGGCAACCAGCUAACCGGAGAAUUACCUGGUUGGCUUGGUCUCUUGUCAAACCUGAAAUUGUUAAGUGUAAGCAACAACAGUUUAAGAGGGAGUAUCCCUCCUGCCUUGGGGAACUUGUCGUCUCUGGAGAAACUUUCUUUGGCCGGGAAUGGACUAAGUGGGGCUAUACCUGAAGCUCUUGGGCAACUGAAAAAUCUUUCAUUUUUCUCCGUGCUAGAAAAUGUAAUUUCUAGUACUAUUCCUGUCUCAAUUUUCAAUCUCUCCAAUAUCAGAGCUUUUGAUAUUGGCGAAAACAGGAUUCAAGGUACUCUUCCUUCUGAAUUAGGAAUCACUAUGCCUAAUAUUGAAUUCUUUUCUGUCUCGGAAAACCAAAUCAGUGGAAAAUUCCCAGUUUCAAUAUCCAAUGCCUCAAACCUCGUGGUACUUCAGCUUUCAAAAAACAAACUUAGUGGAAACUUACCUUCAUUGGGAAAGCUGGAUAAACUAUCGACAUUUCUCAUAUUUAGAAACCAUUUUGGAAAUGGGGGAACAACUGACUUAAACUUUCUCUGUUCUAUUACCAAUGCUACCAAACUAAAACGUCUGCAUAUAGGUGAAAAUAAUUUUGGAGGGGUAUUGCCCGAGUGCAUUAGCAAUUUGUCUAGCACUCUUUCAUUUUUAAUAAUUCGAAAGAACAAAAUAUGGGGGAAAAUACCUGUUGGGAUUGAAAAUAUCAUCAAUUUGGAGAUGCUAGCUGUAUCACACAAUCAGCUAUCAGGUUCCAUUCCCCUUGCUGUUGGGAAGCUUCAUAAGCUAGAGCAAAUUAAUGCUAAUGAUAAUUUUCUAUCCGGAGCUAUUCCCCAUUCUGUUGGAAAUAUGACAAUGUUAACCGAACUUCAAUUAUAUAGUAACAAUCUUCAGGGCAACAUUCCUUUAAGUCUAGGUAACUGUGAAAAUUUGCUUAUAUUGGAUCUUUCUUAUAACAAUCUUAGUGGAUCAAUACCCCGUGAAGUAUUUGGACUCUCAUCCUUGUCCAUUCGACUAGAUUUAUCAUCCAACUAUUUAACUGGUAUGCUUCCAGUUGAAGUAGGAAAUCUGAAAAAUCUAGGUGAAUUGCAUGUUUCUCAAAACCAAUUAUCUGGUUUGCUUCCGAAUAAUCUUGGUAGCUGUGUAAGACUGGAGAAGCUGUUCUUGGAUGGCAAUUUGUUCAAAGGGCCAAUUCCUCCAUCUUGGAGUUCAUUGAGAGGUCUUACAUCAUUAGACAUAUCUGACAAUAAUCUUACUGGUGAAAUUCCAAAAUUUCUUGUGAGCUUUGGGUCAUUACGGUAUUUAAAUCUAUCUUUCAAUGAUUUUGAGGGUAUGAUACCAAUUGAAGGAGUCUUUAAGAAUGCAACUGCUACAUUCGUUGAGGGAAACAGUAAGCUUUGUGGAGGAAUUCCUCAGUUACACUUCUCCAAAUGUAACUCAAAAACAUCAAUCAAUUCCCUCAAAUUAAAAAUUGCGGUUGUUAUUGUGAUUUUAGGAGUGGCUUCAGUAUUCUCUUUUCUCAUUUUAUGGUUUAGAAAGAAGAAAAAACAGCCAACCGGAACCUGUGCAGAAAAUUCACUUUUAAAGUUAUCAUACCGGCGCAUCCUAAAGGCUACCGAUGGAUUCUCCUCGCAAAAUUUGAUUGGUUCAGGUAGUUUUGGUUCUGUAUACAAAGGAAUUCUUCAAGAGAGUGGAGAAGUUAUUGCUGUUAAGGUGCUUAAUCUUCUGAAUCGUAAAGCUUCCAAGAGUUUCUUGGUUGAAUGUGAGGCCUUGAAGAACAUUAGACAUCGAAAUCUUGUCAAGAUAUUAACAGCAAUUUCAGGUGUCAAUUAUCAAGGCAAUGGUUUUAAAGCCUUGGUUUAUGAGUUCAUGGAAAAUGGAAGCUUGGAGGAUUGGCUGCAUCCAUCUACUGGCAUGAAUGAGCAGAAGACGAUAAGACACCUGAAUUUCUCCCAAAGAGUUAAUGUGGCUGUAGAUAUUGCUCAAGCACUGGAGUAUCUGCACCAUCAUUGUGAAACACCAAUUAUCCAUUGUGACCUCAAGCCAAGUAAUAUUCUACUUGAUAAGGAAAUGGUUGGACAUAUAAGUGACUUUGGCUUAGCAAAGAUCCUUUUUACAGACAGGCUUAACCAAUCUUCUAAUCAGUCAAGCUCCCUUGGAUUUAGAGGAACUAUUGGUUAUGCUCCACCAGAAUAUGGCAUGGGAAGCAUGUUGUCAACAAAAGGUGAUGUGUAUAGCUAUGGCAUCCUCUUGCUAGAGAUGUUUACGGGGAGAAGGCCGACUGAUGAAUUGUUCAAAGAAGAUUUCAGCCUUUACAAAUUUGUUAUGGCUGCUUUGCCAGAACGGGUGGUUGAGAUUAUAGAUCCCAUUCUUCUUCAGGAGGGAGUCAAACGAGGAAUUGACAGACAUCUCCAAUGCUGGAAUUCAAUAUUUGAAAUAGGACUCACUUGCUCAGGUGAAUCACCAAGUGAGCGGAUAGACAUGAGUUAUGUUGUUACCAGGAUUUGUUCUGUUAGAGACAAGCUCCGCCCAACUCGAAUACGUCAUGAGGGCCAAACUCUAUAUGCUGGUCAAUCAGCAGGUAAUAAUUUCUUCUUAUGCUGAAGUAAACAAUUAGUGUUAUGCUUAACAAAAUACUUAAUCAUUACAUGACUCAAGGACAUUAAUUUCCUUUACUUUUUUAAUAAAUCUUGUGUUCAAAUGAUUUAACAAGUAAAUUGAUUUUUGGUUAUAUUCUGUCAAAGUAAAUAUGAUGGUUUUAAGGUUUACUUGUUUUCAUAUGCUGUAGGUACUUAAGAUGCCUUAUUGAUAUGGACUUGAGAGCCAUGGGUCAAGCAAACUUGAGCUUUUCUCUUUUAUUCACAAUCUAUAUGGUAUUUGCAGGACUCCCAAUUUCUCUUAAAAACAUUUUCUUAGAGAAAAGAAAAUAAAUGUGGGAGUGUUUCGACCAAUAAUUUGUUUGUGUAAUAUGUAUUAAUGUUUCCUUUUUGUUGUUGCAUCAUCAACUCUUUUAUUCACAAUCCGUGGCUAUUAAUGGUUGCUUUAAAUUGUUG